UAUUCUGUAUUGUUCUCUGUGUCAUCUGCAACAGGCCCUUUGGAUCUCAACAGUCACUGUGCUCCCUCACCCCAUCUGGCGAGCAGAAUGAAUGUGUUGGAUGAGGUGCCCUUCAAGAUCCCUCUGGGCCCUCUGGAAGGUCCCCAGGACAAAGUGGAGCUUGUCACUGCCCCAGAACUCACCACGCUGGACCGUGAGAAGAUCCUCAUAGAAACAAAGUAUGAGUUUUGUUUGGAGAACUGGGUGCUGACUGGGACCCAGGAGGGCUCGGCCUGCCUACGGUCAUCCUCUAAGCCCCGGCCCUCCUGUCCUCCGUACUGGCUGAUGUUCAGCAGCCCACAGGAGAGCCGCCUGGCCAGACUCAGGAGCGGUGACCUCUGGGAGGCGCCGCUGCGCCAGCGGAGCCGCAGCCUGCCGGCCACUGAAGGCCGCUGCAUGCACCCCCGUGUCAAGCUGCUCAUCUCUGAUUCAGAAGGUGAGGGUGGAUACUCUGAGGAUGACGAGUCGUCCUCCACGGAGGAGGACAGGGCGUCUCCACGGGGCAGGGCGGCUCAAUGGCACAGGCCGAGGACACCGAGGGAGUGUCGCCGCAGCUCCUCACCACACCUGCGGCGCCAGAGAUCGCCAUGCCAGCACCGCCGGCGCAGGACCACCUCCCCACUGCCCCCCCAGGACUCCGGGCAGCCCGUGCAGCCAACUGAGAGUAUCCUGCAGCUCACGAGCCAGCGGCACCCCAAGAGGAAGCUACACACACUGGGCCACAGACGUUCCCUAACGCCUCAGCCACCAUGUUCCUCUCCGCCCAGGAGCCGGCCACCACCCAGGCCCUCAACCGCAGAGUACAAAUCCUCGUCCCUGAGCCGCUAUUCCCGGCUGCCACCACCCCGCUCGGUGCGUCGGGCCCACGAUUCCCACGCGACGCUCCCGGACUCGUCGGCGGAGCUGCUGUCAGCCCUGAGUCAGGAUGAGAGGGAUCUCCUGGACACCAUCACUGACCAAGGCUACCCGCUACACACGGCCAUCACCGCCUUGCAGAAGACGGGUCGUCAGAGUGCCGAGAGGGUCCUGAGCUACCUGCUGGCCCAUGACCGUCUCUGCAAACUGGGCUACGAUGAGACGCAGGUAGAGGAGGCCCUUGAGAUGUUCCAGAACUGUGAGGCGAAGGCCGCUGAGUUCCUGCAUCUCCUCACCCAGUUCAAUGAGAUGGGCUUCCAGCAGAAUGUGAUCAAAGAGGCAUUGCUCGUCCACGAGAACCACAGGGAGCGGGCCCUGGAGGAGCUAAUGACACGAACAGGCUAAACGAUGAGAACCCAAAUCCACUCAUGAAAUGAGUCCACCACUAGCAGUAUUUCAAAGCUUUGAAAAAACAGGUUUAGGUUCCAGGUUCAAAUGCAUUACAAUACAGUUAACAGCUGAACAACACAGCAAUAGCAGUUUAUUUUAAAACAAAAUACUUAGACCACAUUUGGUUAUUUAGUUGAUGCUUUCAUUCAAUGUGACUUUAUUUAUUUAUACAGCUGGAUAUUUUACUGGAGGAUUUCAGGUUAAAUACCUUUUCUAACAGUCUAUAUGGACAGCCCCUCCUAGAACUUGGAUCAGCAACCUUCAGACGAUGAGGUGUUCAUCACAUAACCUGCUUUAUUCAUUGACAUUUACUUGAUUGACCAUAUAUAAUUGAGAACUGAGCUCAAGGUAAAGUAAUCAAAAUGAAUCACAGCUGACCAAUUUGUCUCUUUAGCAAACCAUAACUGUCCAAACUCCUCUGAUGCCUCCUGAUAAUCUAGUAAAUUGAAUCCUUCCAGCAUUUUGGCUGUCGGAUAUAGUUGGAACUUUCCGUAGCUGACAUUGUAGAUAUUCUGGGAUGAUUCUACUUUCCCAGUUGCCAUCUGUAAAUCAUAGAGCUACUUUGGGUAAUUUCAUGAUUACAUUUAACAUUUACAUUACAUUUCUGCUUCAAUAUGCCUUAGGGGUCAGA